GUGGAGCCGCGUAGUAGGGGCCGCGAGCGAGGGAGCCUGCGCCGUCUGUGACGUCACGCACGUAAUUAUCUCAUUGAGCCGAGUGCGCCCGAGCGCGCCCGACGCCCCCCGAAGCCGAUCAAAGCCAACCAGUGCUACAUGUUUUCUAGUACGCGGCCGACACACACCACGCUCGAACGUUCCGUCGUUAUUUAUAAUCGUCAAACAGUGCAAGCGGUGCUUGAUAGAUGCCGUGCCGUUACGUUAACAGUGAAGUGCAUACAAUUUCGUUGCGCCCUCAUUUGUGUGAGUGAUUUAGUGACGGUGAACAUUCCUCCGAGCCCACAGCCGGCCGUCGGUCGAUGAGCGCUCCCGCUGACGCCAAGGAGCACAUUGAUCGAGCUCGAUCCAGCAGCCCAAUGGCGAGUGGAUGACGAUCUCGGCCCGCUCCCCGGACAAGGAGCCGUCGCCGCCCAAGCAGAUCAACCUCGCCGAGCCGCUCGUCGAGUCCGUGCGCGUCUACCUCGCCAAUGAGCUGCCCGACAAGCAGCUAGCACCGCCCGCGGAUCCGCCGCCGCCGCCGCCCGCCGAUGUCGACGUCGACAUAGCGCAACACACCGCCCACGAAGAAAUCAAAGGCAUCAACUUCGAGCGCCUGAAGCGGAAUGACCUGAACAACAACGCCUCUCGAACCGAGAGCGAGCGGCCGAGUGCGAACCCCGAGAUGCCCAACCAGGCGGAGCUGAUGCAGCGCCAGCCGCUGCUGGCGCGCGCCGCCAAGACGGACGCGCCCGCGCCCGGUACCGACGAGUCCGACCCUGACCAGGAGCACUCCCCGGCCCGCGGCGACUUCAUCGCCGAGAUCCCGCCGGGCGCGCGCGAGGAGCGCUUCCCUAAAGAGAUAUGGAAAACGAUUAUUUCCUUUUUCUUCCUGUUCUUAUGCGUGUGCAUCAACAUGAUGGCGCUGUCGCUGGUACACGAGCGGGUGCCGGACCGCAACACGACGCCGCCGCUGCCGGACAUCUGGCUCGACAACGUGGCGGCCCGGGACUGGGCACUCGCCGUCUCCGAGUACCUCAUCAUGCUAUCGACGACGGUCGCCAUGCUGGUAGUGGUGUUUCACAAGCACCGCUUCAUCGUCGCGCGGCGGUGUUUCUUAAUCAUCGGGCUGCUGUACCUUUACCGCUCGGUGACCAUGUUCGUUACGGUGCUGCCGAUGUCGAGCACAACGUACUUCUGCAGCCCGAAGAGCAACAGCACGACGCCGCUGCUGGUGGUAAAGCGCAUGUUCUACCUCAUCUCCGGGUUCGGACUGUCCAUCAACGGCAGGCACACGUUCUGCGGGGACUUUAUCUACUCGGGGCACACGAUGGUGCUGGUGCUGUCGUACCUGAUCGUGGCGGAGUACUCGCCGCGGAAGCUAUGGCCCGUCCACUGGGGCCUAUGGGGCUCGGCGGUGCUGGGCGUGGUGUUCGUGCUGUUGGCGCACGGCCACUACACCGUGGACGUGAUAAUCGCGUACUACGUGACGACGCGGCUGUUCUGGACGUUCCACUCGCUGCUGUUGACGCCGCACCGACACGGGCCGGGCCAGUACAUGAUCCAGCGCGAGUGGUGGUACUGGCUGUUCACGUACUUGGAGCGCAACGUGCGCGGGCCGGUACCGCGGCGCUACGACUGGCCGCUGCCGUGGCCGCGCAGCAAGCUGUUCAGCCGGCUCAGCUAGUGACGGGAGGGCGCCCCGCCGCCCGAGCGUGUGUGACGCACCUUCUGCGAGUGCCGGCGCAGCACCUGCAGCUCCUUGGGGCUGGUGCGCGUGCACACGGCCAGGGUCAGCGUGUAGUCAAACUGGUGCACGAUCAGGUUCAGGUACACGGUCUCCUCCCAGUCGAUCUCCGGGUCGCCGAUGGGUAGCUUUUUCGAGUCCUUGCGGAACACCUCCACGUCCGUCUGCAACAGACAGGCCGUGACAGACGGGGUCGGACAAGUGGCCUAUGUGAUAACCGAUAAGUGAGUUUUCCUAAAUGUCUAGUGCAAACUGUUCUAUAAACUCGUAUGCUUUUAUUGUUGAAUAGAAUAAGAUUUUUAUUUAACGAGGACUGUUAUCGUUCGGACGAUCAAUUAUGAACAGCCAUCUGUUGAUAAAUACAUAUAAAAUCUUUUUUUAUAUAAAUUAUAACUUUUAUAAGUGGUUAUGGAGCGCAGUGUGAGAAGGACGCGAUAUUUAAAAACCAAAUGUACUGUGAUUUGGAAUGUUUCCGAGGAUGCAUGAGCGGCCUGCACCGCUAAGUACAUACAUAGCAUAAUGAGAAGGCUACUAUAAGAAAUAAUAUUUUUAUAUUGUAUAAAAUAGAAUACAUACUGUUGUUUAAA